AUGCAAGAUGUGACUAACAGAAAAUACCAUAAUUCCAUCAACUGUUACACAGCAAAAUUGACAGCAGCAAUCCUACUGGGUGAAAAGAACAGAAACUGUUGUUGUAACUUCUACAGGAGUUGUAACCUUGUUUUUUCUUAUCUUGCUGAACCCAAUUUCAGUGAAAACAAGGUUUAUGUAUUUGAUUAUGAAAGUGUGCUUCUCAGUGGACUUCCAGAAAAAGGACUUGCAAGAGCUGGGAUAAGAAUAAAAAGUAAAGUGGAAAUUAGUGGUAUUGGGCCGAAACUUUGUCUUAUUAAGAUUCACUCAAUUGAAGCAGCAGAGUACAAUGGUGUCUGGCCUACAAGCUCAUUCUCUCGAUCACUUAAAUUGACCCAGCUACUAACUGGGCAACUUAGUAAUCCUAUCAAGUUUGAAUAUAGCAGUGGUCAUGUUGGAAACAUUAUGGCACCUGAUUCUGUCUCUGAUGAUGGUCUGAACAUCUACAGAGGAAUUCUAAAUGUGCUGGAGCUAAGUAUAAAGAAGAUGCAACACUCAUACAGCUUACAGGAGGCUGGGAUUGGAGGUAUUUGUAACACAAUGUAUGCUAUCCAGGAAAACAAGAGAGCAAAUCUAGUCUAUGUGACCAAAUCCAAGGACCUGAACAGCUGUGAAGAGAAAGUUCAAAUGGUCACAGGUUCAGCAUACACUUAUCCAUGCCAGACCUGCCAGCAGAGAAACAAGAAUUCCCAGGCAACUGCUACCUACAAUUACAAAAUUAAAUAUACACGUAAUGAAGCUUUAAUUACACAAGCUGAUGUUGAGGAGAUCCACGAGUUUGCACCCUUCAAUGAGAUAACAGGAGGAAAUGCUAUAGUAGAAGCAAGGCAGAAAUUUGCUUUGACUGAUGUGCUGAAGCACACAACAGAGGUACCACUAAAAGAAUUCAAGAUUCGUGGGUCACUUCAGUACCAGUUUGGUAGUGAAUUGCUUCAGCUUCCUGUCCACUUAUUCACAAUAAAAGAUGUGGAAAGACAGAUAGAGGAAAGCCUGCAAGACUUAGUAGAGAGCACAUCUGAACAGCUUCCCAGUGAUGCACCAGCAAAAGCCCUCAAACUUCUGCACCUCUUCCGUGCAGCGAGUGAGGAGAACUAUGAGUCAGUGUGGAAGCAACUCUCCAGUCGACAAGCUUACAGGCGCUACAUUUUAGAUAUAAUUUCUGCAGUUGCCAAUCACCGUGCACUCAGGUUCUUGAGGCAUAAAAUGGAAAGGCAAGAAGUCACCAACUGGGAAGCAACUCAGGCAGUGCUUGUGGCUCUGCACUCUAGCCCACCCACUCAGGAUGUGAUGGAGGAAGCAACGAUCAUCGUGAAAAAACACUGCCCACGCUCAAGUACUGUACUUGGAAAGGUUUGCCAUCUCAGCUAUGCGUCGUUGUGCCACAAACAGUGCUCUUCAUCAGACUCCUGCUCGGAAUGUCUCCAGCUACUUCACGGCUUUGCAGGAGAGGCACUGAGCAAGUCUAACAUAGAAGAAAUUACCCUGGCUUUGAAAGCCCUUGGGAAUGUAGGACAUCCAGCCAGCAUCAAGCACAUAAAGAAGUUUUUGCCAGGAUAUGCAACUGGUGCCUCAGAUUUGCCACUCAAGGUCCACGCAACUGCUGUGGUUGCCCUGAAAAACAUAGGCAAGAAAGACCCAAAAAUGGUCCAGGCUAUUACCCUUGAGAUUUUUCUGACUCAAAAAAAUCAUCCUCGGAUCCGAAUGUUAGCUGCAGCGGUUUUGCUUGAAACCAAGCCAGGUCUUCCAAUACUGAUGACGUUAGCUGAUGCUGUGCUGAAGGAACCCAGCAUGCAAGUGACAAGUUUCAUCUACUCUUAUCUGAGGGCCCUGGGUAGAAGCACAGAUCCAGAUCUUCAAGUCAUGGCCUCUGCCUGUAGAAUAGCUGUCAGAGCAUUAAGUCCCAAAUUUGACAGAUCUGGAUAUCAGUUCAGCAAGGUUUUCCGCUUCAGUAUGUUUAAAGAUUCCCUUAUGAGUGGACUGGCAGCUAAAUAUUUGGUAUUGAAUAAUGCGGGCAGCUUAAUUCCAACAGUGGCAAUAUCCCAGCUGCAGGCACAUUUUCUUGGAAGAGUGGCUGAUCCCUUGGAGGUGGGAAUAACAGCUGAAAGAGUGCAGGAGAUUUUUGCUAAAGGUUACUCUCCUAAUGGGGACUGGGAGACUCGCUAUGACUUCAAGGAGAUCCUGAAAAAGCUCUCUGACUGGAAAGCAUUCUCCAGUGACAAACCUUUUGCAUCGGGCUACCUGAAGAUGUUUGGCCAAGAGUUGUUCUUUGGUGGACUUGAUAAAAACGCCAUUCAAAAUGCGUUACAGGCAUGGUAUGGACCUGAUGAAAAAAUACCAUCAAUAAAGAGAAUAAUCAGUAGCCUUCAAAGUGGUGUAGGGAGGCAGUGGACCAAGGCUUUGCUGUCCUCUGAGAUCCGUCGUAUCGUGCCCACCUGCACUGGGUUCCCAACAGAGACCAGCUUCUAUUACUCUUCUAUCACAAAAGCAGCAGGAAAUGUUCAAGCACAGAUUACACCUUCGCCAAAGUCUGAUUUCAGAUUGACUGACUUACUAAAUGCCAACAUUAGGCUGCGAUCCAAAAUGAGUCUAAGGCUGGCUAAAGAGAUGAUCUUUGUAGUGGGGAUCAACACACACACAGUCCAGGCUGGGCUGGAAGCACACAUCAAAAUGAGUGCACAAGUACCUGUGAAUGUUGUUGCCACAGCCCAUAUGAAGGAAAAAAAUAUCAAAAUUGAAAUUCCACCGUGUAAAGAUGAGAUUAAUAUAAUUACUGCAAGGUCGAAGACAUUUGCUGUUACACGAAAUAUUGGGGAUUUGGCUGCUAGUAAGAUGACUCCAGUUCUUCAGCCUGAAGCAGUGCCUGACAUAAUGAAGAUGUCCUUCGAUUCAGAUUCUGCAUCAGGCGAAACUGAUAAGAUCAAGGAGAGACAGUCUGCAGAAGAUAUUUCAUCAGGAAAUUCCUUUUCCUUUGGACAGUCUUCCCAAAAAGAGCGAUUUGUUCAGUCCCUGUGCUCCAAUGCAAGUACAUUUGGCAUUCAAGUGUGCAUUGAGAGGAAAAGCAUACAUGCAGCAUUUAUCAAAAACGUGCCUCUUCAUUACCUAGUUGGAGAGCACACCUUUAAAAUGAGCUUCAAGCCAGUUUCCUCCGAGGCACCUAUUGAAAAAAUACAAUUCACAAUUCAAGCAGGAGACCAAGCUCCUACAAAAAUGGUACGUUUAGUAAAAUUUGAAGACCCAGAGGCACAAGUAUCUUCCAGGAAAAAAGCAAUUAAAAGAGUGAAGAAAAUCCUUGAUGACAAUGAUUACCAGGGGACAAGAAAAUCCAGAAGCUCAUCGUCCAGUGCCAGCAGCACCAGUGGAAGUGCUGAGAGUAAAGUGAGAAGCCCCUCCAGCAGUGACUCUGACAAAAGACCACCACAGGGAAGCACCCAAAUAAAUUUGAAAACAAGACAGUCUAAAGCCAAAGCAAAGAAAUUCUACCCCUUUGGGGACAGUGGCAGUAGCAGCAGCAGCGGCAGCAGUAGCAGCAGCAGUGGCAGCAGUAGCAGCAGCAGCAGCAGAGAUAGUAGUAGCAGCAGUAACAGUAGAAGUGGUAGUAGUAACAGCAAAAGUGGUAGUAGUAGCAGCAAAAGUAGUAGUAGUAGUAGCAGCAAAAGUGAUGGCAGUGACAGUAGCAGUAGCAGCAAAAGCAGAAGUAGCAGUAGCUGCAAAAGCAGUAGUAACAGCAGCAAGGGCAGCAGUAGCAGCUGCAAGGGCAGCAGUAGUAGUAGCAGCAAAAGCAGAAGUAGCAGCCACAAGGGCAGAAGCAGUAGUAGCAACAGCAAAGAUAGCAGCAGUAGCAGCACAGGUAGCAGCAGCACUAGCAAAACAUCUGGUAUAAAGCAGAAGGCUAAGAAGCAGUCCAAGACCAAAACAUUUCCACUUGCCAGCACUGCUGAAGGACAGAGAAGUGUCCGUGAGCAGAAGCGUAAAACACAGACUAACAGCAGCAGCAGCAGAAGCAGUAGUAGCAGAAGUACCAGCAGUGGCACCAGCAGCAGCAGUGAAAGCAGUAGUGCUUCCCAUCACCACAGCAAAUACGACAGGCAAGCUGAGAAGAAAUAUGUCAAGUCCCAAUUUAACAGCCACAGCACUGUCGACGUUUCUGCAGAAAGGGAAUAUCAGCUUUCAAAAGUAUACCAACUCCACUUCAGAUCUGCUCACAUCCACUGGCACCCAGAUCAUAAGAUAUCAAGCAGCUCAGAAUCAUCUUCCUCUGAGUCAGGACGCAGCCACAGCAACAGCAGCAGCAGUGGCAGCAGGAGCCAUAGUGGCACCAGCAGCAGCAGCAGUCACCACCAUGGAGAAACAGCUGGCCACAGCUCAAGAAAGAGCCAUGUGAGCAGCGAAAUCAGCAUCCACCACAGCCAUGGUUGCAGCCUGACCCAUGAGCGCAACUUCCUGGGAGAUGUAAUUCCGCCUGGCAUUACGAUUGUGGCACAGGCAGUAAGGAGUGACAACAGAAACCAAGGUUAUCAAGCUACAGCAUAUGUUCAUUCUGAUGCUGCCAAAGUUGAUGUGCAACUAGUUGUGGUUCAGCUGGCUGAAACCGAUUGGAAAGUGUGUGCUGAUGCUGUACUACUGCCUCUGAAAGCACAGGCCAGAGUGAGAUGGGGCAAGGAGUGCCGGGACUUCAGGAUAGCAGCUACAGCUACCACUGGCCAACUGGCGAGGAAACCAGCUGUGCAGCUGAAGGUGCAAUGGAGAAGACUUCCAUCCUGGAUAAAAAAGACAAGCACAGCAUUCAUGCAAUACAUUCCUGGUGCAGCGCUCGUAUUGGGCUUCUCAGAAGCACAUCAGAGAAAUCCAUCUCAUGAAUUUAUAGUAAGGGCAGCUGCAACAUCUCCACGAACAAUUGAUACAGUAAUUAAAGCUCCUGGGGUAACACUUUACUAUCAGGCACUCCGAUUGCCAUUCACUCUGCCCUUAGGCCCAUCUCCAGCUUAUGAGACUCGAGAUAUCACUGCCUGGAAUUUAUUUUCUGAAAUAGCUUCGCAAAUAGCACAAGAAGAUCAAUCCACAUGUGAAAUCAGAGAGAGAGAUUUCAAAACAUUCGAUCAUGUGAGCCAUACAUAUUCUUUCAAUAAAAGUUGCAGCCUGAUAGUGGUCCAAGACUGUACUGAACACCCAAAAUUCAUCAUUACUACAAGAAAGGUUGAUUCUCAGUCAUUCACAAGAGAGGUUCACAUAAACACAACAUCAGUGAACAUCACAAUCUGUUCUGCUGCAAAUUCAUCUCUUCUUGUGACAUGCAAUGAAGAACAAGUUCUAGCACAGAGAGGAAUUUGUGACUAUGAAAAAGAAGAUGUUAAAAUUUCUAAAAAUGGAAGAACAGUUACUGUGGAAGCUCCAGCACUCGGACUGAAGAAUGCGGCUUUUGAUGGUGUGAUCCUCAAGGUUACUCUUGCAUCAUGGAUGAGAGGAAAGACCUGUGGAGUGUGUGGAAAUAAUGACAGAGAAAAGCACAAUGAACUCCUGAUGCCAAAUCAAAAGCUGGCACACAGCUCUUCUGCUUUUGUUCAUUCAUGGGUAUUGCUAGAAGAAACCUGCUCUGGUGGGUGCAAGCUGCAGCGCAGUUAUGUGAAGCUGAAUCGAAAUCCUACUAUUGACGGAGAGGAAUCUGUGUGCUACUCUGUUGACCCAGUACUGAAAUGUAUGAAAGCCUGUACUCCAAUCGAAAAAACUUCAGUUAAGGUUGGCUUCCACUGUUUCCCAAAAGAUACUGUUGUAAACCUGCUGGAAUGGCAGAGAAGCAGCAAUAAGAAAUCUGCAUCUGAGGAUGUUGUGGAGUCUGUGGAUGCUGACAUCGAUUGUAACUGUGCCGGCGACUGUAGUUAAACUAAAUGCUUUAGUGUUGUGCUAUAGACAUACUAUACAAAUAAUUGAGUAGCUGGACAGAUAAGAUGAGAAUAUAAUAGCUGUAGUAAAGUAUUAAGAAAUGUUCUUGAAGAAAAUAAGCCUACUGCAUUACAUCCAAAGUCAAAUGCAUUAUGUACA